AUGGAACCAUUACUAAUGGAAAUGAAUAAAAAAUUUAACGAACAUGUUAAAGAACUAUUAUCAGCUAAGGGCGUCAAUAGUUUUUUACUUUCCAAAGAUGAUUACUUGAAGGCUAUCGAAGACGUGAAAGAAAAGAAAAGUUGUGAGUAUAAGAGGCGUCCCCAAGACUAUCAAUUUCUACGACGGUAUGACGUCGCUGAAUUCAGCAAUAAAGAGAAGUUGAUCUUUCCUGCUAACGAAAACGACACGAAGAUUAGAUUUUAUGCACAUACAGAAGAGUUAUUCAUAAUACUGCAUGAUGCACAUAACUCUGUUGGUCAUGGUGGUAGAGAUCGAAUGAGAAGUAUUUUGAAUGAAAAAUACAAAAAUAUUACAAAAGAAGUAGUUAUGGCAUAUCUCAAUCUGUGUGAAAUAUGUCAAGGUAAACUCAGAGUACUAAGAAAAGGGGUAGUAGUCAAACCUAUUUUAAGUACUGAAAUGAAUUCAAGAUGUCAAGUAGAUUUAAUUGAUAUGCAAUCUCAGCCUGAUAGAGUUUUCAAGUUUAUAAUGGUGUAUCAAGAUCAUCUCACAAAGUUUGUUCAGCUUCGACCUUUAAUGUGUAAAAAAGCUGAUCUUGUAGCUUACCAUCUAUUGGAUAUCUUUCUAACCUUUGGUGCACCGUCUAUUUUACAAUCGGAUAAUGGGAUGGAGUUCUGUGCAAAAAUCAUUGAAGAAACUUGCAGCUUAUGGCCAGAGCUUAAGAUUGUCCACGGAAAGCCGAGGCACUCGCAAAGUCAAGGGUCCGUCGAGAGAGCUAACCAAGACAUUGAAAAUAUGCUAUCGUGUUGGCAAAAAGAGAAUAACACAACUAGAUGGGCAGAAGGACUGAGAUUUGUUCAAUUUAUGAAGAACAGGGCAUAUCAUUCAGGUAUAAAGUGCAGUCCUUAUGAAGCUAUGUUUGGAUGUAAAGCAAAGGUUGGAUUGGCUACUACUUUGACGCCUGACGUGUUAUUAACAUUAGAUACUCAAGAGGAACUUCAAAGUAUAAUGCACACAGACAAGAAUGACACAGAAGAGAAAGAAGAUCAAAGUGGGAUCGAUGAAACUCCGCCGAAUCCUCUUAAAGAAAAAGUAGAACAAGUUCGUAAGAAACGAAAAGUUGUUCAAUUUAACCUAGAAAAACAAGCUGAAAAAAUGAUUUCUGCAUCGAAUGCUAAAUUUGCACCUGCAAAUUUAGGAGAAUCUGUGCGAGUUCCUGUUCCGGAUUUAGAUAGAGGAAGAAGCGACUCCAGAAAUAUACUAGCUGUAAUUUUGGAGAAAAACAAUGAUGGUCUGUACAAAUUGGGUACAAAUCAUGGCGUAUUGAAUCAAUUUUACGCCAGAAACCAAUUUGCUAUUUGCAAAGAACAGUUUAUAACCAUAAAUGACGUUCCAGACAAGAUGAUAUCACUCAGAGAAUGUUCGAGAUUAUUGUCGAUGGGCGGUGGACAAGGAUACAGUCGGUGCAAUUGCCGAGGUUUAAGCGAUUGUCAGCGCUAUUACGAGAUUCCUGACGAAGAGUUGCUUAUCGCGAUAGGCACUACGUUUCGCGAUAAAGCGCGCUCGUGGUACGAGGUUAAUAGCGAUAGCUUAAACGACGCGAUUAACGAGGUCCUAACAAUUGAACCUUCUAAAAAGAAAGCGCAGCAGCAGAGCAAAAAGUUAGGAAAGAAGAGCAAAAAGCAAAAUGGUGAAAUUGCCGUGGCUACAGCUAAUAAGCAACAGCCACAGGCAACGAACCAGUUUGCGAACGGAGCCGCUCUUGCUCGUCAGAGCGCGCAGGCUUCGUGGGCCCCGGCUGCAGGUUUUAGCCCCUAG